AUGGAGCCGCUUCUAAGUCAAUCUCGUCGUCUUUGUCCGUUCCUCAAGAAAACCUCUCCCUCGACCCUCCGCGCCCUCUCCACCGGUGUUUCUCCAAGUGUUGGCGGCGGGACCAUGAGCAACCUCCAAGUCGUUGCCCGUCGUUGCCCGGUCAUGUCCAAGGCCCUUGCCGUUCAGAGUGUCCGUAACUCUGCAUUUUCCACCUUUGGUGCCCGCGCUGGAAUUGCUGGGCAGAAGAGGGGAUACGUUGUGCCGAGCAAGCCCGCCGGGUUUCAGGCCACCGAGAGGAAGGAUGCCGAGGCCGCGAGCAUUGAGACCCUGCACCUCCAGGCAGGUGUUCUUGACACCUCUAAGGGAAUCUGUCCUCAUGGCGCUGCAGCGCUCAAGGCUGCCCAGAUCGCUGAGAGCAUGGCCGCCGCUCCCCGCGCCCGCCCUACUCGCCCCAUCAACGUUGCCCCCGUCAAGAUGAACCCGGCAACUACUACCGGAACCGCCUUUGACUACGAGGGGUUCUACAACAACGAAAUUCAGAAGAAGCUCAAGGACAAGUCCUACCGCUACUUCAACAACAUCAAUCGUCUUGCCAAGGACUUCCCCCAGGCGCAUCUCGACACCCCCGACAAGCUCGUCACUGCAUGGUGCAGCAACGAUUAUCUUGGUAUGGGUCGCAACCCCAAUGUUUUGAAGGCUAUGCAUGAGACGCUGGACACCUAUGGUGCUGGUGCUGGUGGUACUAGGAACAUCUCCGGCCACAACAAGCAUGCAAUUGGGCUUGAGCGCACCAUUGCGAAACUUCACGCUAAACCGGCUGCACUUGUUUUUUCAUCAUGCUACGUGGCUAAUGAUGCGACCUUGGCAACUAUGGGCUCAAAACUUCCCAACUGUGUGAUCCUGUCCGACUCUCUCAAUCAUGCUUCAAUGAUCCAGGGUAUCCGCCACUCUGGGGCAAAGAAGCUUGUCUUUAAACACAACGACCUCAAGGAUCUCGAGGAAAAGCUUCAAUCAAUUCCAGCCAACUACCCUAAGAUUAUUGCAUUCGAAUCAGUAUAUAGUAUGUGUGGUUCUGUUGGGCCUAUUAAGGAGAUUUGCGAUCUUGCCGAGAAGUAUGGCGCAAUCACCUUUUUGGAUGAAGUGCACGCUGUUGGCAUGUACGGACCACACGGCGCUGGUGUUGCAGAGCAUCUUGAUUUUGAAGCGCACGCCGCUGGCAGGCCAGAGGGAACAGUCAUGGACCGAAUUGAUAUUAUCACUGGUACACUCGGAAAGGCAUACGGAUGCGUUGGAGGUUACAUUGCCGGAAGCUCACUAUUCGUCGAUAUGAUCCGUUCCCUCGCACCUGGAUUUAUUUUCACUACUUCAUUGCCCCCGGCUACAAUGGCGGGUGCAGAUGCGGCAAUUGACUACCAAAUGCACUACCAUGGCGACCGCCGACUUCAACAACUGCACACUAGGGCUGUAAAAGAGUCACUGCAGGAUCGUGACAUUCCAGUCAUUCCCAACCCAUCUCAUAUUGUACCCAUCCUUGUCGGAAGUGCCGAGCUUGCUAGGCAGGCUUCUGACAGCCUUCUCGAAGACCACGGUAUCUACGUCCAGGCGAUCAACUACCCUACCGUCCCUGUAGGCCAGGAGCGCCUCCGCAUCACCCCCACUCCCGGCCACACGGAGAAAUACCGCACCCACCUUAUCGAAGCCCUAGAAACCGUGUGGAACGACCUCGGCAUCAAGCGCACCUCCGACUGGCGCGCCGAGGGCGGCCUCUGCGGUGUCGGCGUCGAUGACGUCAAGGUUGAGAACAUCUGGACCGACGAGCAGCUCGGCUUUCAAGGCAAGAAGUUUGUCGAGAAGGCCAUCAGCUUGAAGACCGGAAGAGCAACCGGCCCAGUCAUGGACGCUAUUUUGGAGAAGGAGAUGGGCAGGCCGAUGGGCAUCGAGGCCUAA